AUAGGGAAUGGGGAAUGGAUAUCUACACAAGAGAAAUGUUGCAGGGUGGUGCUGAGAAAGUCAUAGUAGGUGCAUUGUGUAAUGUUUGAAAAUGUUAUUUGCUUGUGAGAUUACAACUCCAUUUGGCAAAACAUUAGUGUAUAGCUACAGUGGAAUGGGGAAAAAAGAAUCUGACAAUUGCACCACGCCUCACCUACGGCUUGUAUGUACAAAUGACUUAGCAACCAUUUUAUAUUGCUUUGUAGUGUAAAUACAGCAUAGCCUUGCCCUGUAAGAUUCUUUCCUCGUAUGAAACUAACCAUUGCUAAUGAAGUACUUUCUCCGUCAAGCAUGUCAUCCUGCUAAGGUCUGGAAGAGUCCGGGUUUCUGCUUUACACUUGCCUGCUGGUGUAGAUGGAGAACGUUUUUCAGGAGUUUGCUGGAUACCAUGGGACACUGGUCAAACCUUAUUACUGGUUAGAGCCAAACCAGACUUGCACAAAAUGCCCCUAUCAUAUAAAAACUGGGGAAGAAUCUCGUGUCACUUAUGGAGAAUUUUAUGAGGCAUUUGGGUUUCCGUAUGGCCCGACAAUGCCUGAGAACAAACAAUUAAUCUUUUAUGAAGUUAAGGAUUUUUCUGGAACAAACAUACAGAAAGGUCAAGUGACAAACUGUAUUAGUUCCAACAUCCAUGCAGAAUCCAUCUUGUUUGAGGACAGUGGUUACCUGGAUGCUCUACUUUACCACCAUGGUUCUGUGGGCUACAUAACCCUCUAUGCCAACUACACGCCUUGCAAUGAGUAUGGCCAUUACUGUAUUAGCAAAAUGUAUAACUUCUUGCUUAAGUACGAGGACACUAGGCUGGAUAUCUAUUUCUCCCAGCUGUACCAUGUUGAAGAGGAUUCCCCGGCAGCUGCUUGGAACAGACAAGCACUGAGGAGCCUUGCUAGUCUUUGGCCGCGAGUGACAGUUAAUCCAUUAAGUGAUGGAAUCUGGCAAACUCUUCUUUACAAUUUUGCAAAAGGAGUUUCAUUGUCAGCAUUUUAUGAACCAAUUUUGCCUGCCAGGGCAUCAGCUGACAGCUCCAAUGCUUCUACGAUUCAUCUUAUUACAGGCUUUAAACCUUAUUUUGUGGAAGUUUCACCAAUAUCUAAACCACAAGAACCCAGAAACCAUCACGAGUCUGGGAUGCUGAAAACACACUCAAACAUGGUUCCAAAACAUCUUAGUGGUAAUUCUCAAUAUUCUGCAUUUCCCGGGCCCCAGACAUCAAUUAUUCCUUUUCCAGUGCCGAGAUUCCAACUCCAGCAAGCAGCCAUGUCUAAACCUAGGAAUGUGGUUAGACAUUUAAAAAUGCCAGGGCAGGUGGAUAACGAAUUUGAUGUAGGUUCAUUUAUACCAAACGCUAAGGAAAUUAAUGAAGUAGUAAUCACAGAGAAAGUGGUAACAGAUAAAGACAAGGAAGAGAAAGGAAACAGUAGAAAGAAAAAGAAAGCCAAAUAGUGAGACCUGACAUCUUACUGAUCUUUCAUUUUACUCAAUAUCAACCCAAGGACUGCUGUUCUGCCACUGACAACAGCUCGAGAUGAUGCCCCAGAACUAUUCCGGUAUUAACCUGGAAGCAGCCAAAAGAAAUUCCAUUCAAAUUACAAGUCAUUUUUAACCUGUGCAUAAAAUCUCUUGUGUGCCACACACAAGGUUUAUAUAUGUUAUUAGGACUACAUUUACAUUUGCAUGCACAGUGGGCAACUUACACUUUUCUCUGCAGUGAGUUGUGUCUAAAACCAUUUUCAUUAAAGGUACUUGCAUCCCUCAGUGCCCUGCAUCAAUAGGCACAUCACACUUGUGCUGAAUAAAUGGAAAUAGUUUCAGGCAGACUUGGAAUAUAUUUGGUGCAACUGUGCCUGAUUUGCAACAAAGCACAUGGGCAGUCAAUUUUGGCAAAUCGGACUCAACUGUGGUAGGCGCAGCACUAUUGCAUCAAAAGAAUCUCCAAUUUGUAACCGCAAUGGCGCCAGAAUUUUGGGGAAAAAAAACACUGCAUCGUCGGAAAAAACAUGACAAUCUCAUUUGAAAUUGCACUUGGCACACUGCAUUAAAGUAAGCAAAGGCCCUUUUUAUAACCUAGUUUACUGUUAGUGUACUGGGCUGCUUCUUUGGCAGGAGGCCAUUUCAGUUCAGUUUCAUCGGGAUAUGGAUUAUGGCUGUAGCCACCCUCAUGUUCUUUUGCCUAAUUGUCUGGACUCGACCCUUGCAAAAGGGGGAAUAAAAUGACUUUUAUGACAUACUCUGGGUGCACUGAAGGAUGGGUCACUUCAUACAUUUGCAGGUUUGCCAAAUCUAUGCCGAACUAAAAGGAAGAACUGGUUGCAUUUGUUAUAUUUGUUUUUGUUGCCAACGUUCAUUACAUUUCCCUUAUGUGUUGAAUUAUUUUGUACUAAGUAACAGAGUGCAUACAUGUGCGUGUGUGUAUUAAACAUGCCUGUGAUAGGAAGCUGGUUGUUAAAAUUACUGUUGCCUAUAGCUAAACGUACUUCAUGUCAUUUUCAUUUAAGGAAUUGCUCUUUGCCCCUUUUUAGUUCACACGUCAAACAAUUUGUACAGGAUUUGUUCUAUUUAGAAUUUGAAUUUUGCAUUUAAACUUGCAAUGAAUAAAACUCAAAUUA